AAAGUCUGGUGGUGAGACAUUCUGCAAUUAAACAAAAAUUUAGACCUCUUUUUGCAAACAACAGUUUUAAUAAAAAGAAUGAGAAAGGGUCUGAACACGUAGCCGGAGUUUGGUGGAGAAGAGUUUCUCUGCUCUUUCUCUCUCUCUCUCUCACUCUCACUCACAAUUUCCUCGUCCCUUCCAUGCUCUCAUUUCUUCCAUCUUUCUUCUAGGGUUUUUUUUUUUUUUCUAAAAUCUAUUUAUCAUAUUACGGUCCAUAAGUUCAAUAAAUUGCACAAUCGCCCCUCUACCUAAUUUUACUCGUCAUCAACAAGGUUAAACAUUGUGUAAAAGUUUGCGAUCGAAGUACCAAAUGGCUUCUGAUUCGUGGAGCUCUCGCCUUUCUACUUCCUCAAGGCGCUUCCACUCUCGAUCUGAUCUAUAUGAGGAAACUGAUGUAGACGAGGAUUUGAAAGCCGAGUUUUUGUGUCCGUUUUGCGCUGAGGAUUUUGACGUGGUCGGACUCUGUUGUCACAUCGAGGAGGAGCAUCCUGUUGAAGCCAAGAAUGGGGUGUGCCCAGUCUGUGCUAAAUGUGUGGGAAUGGAUAUUGUUGGCCACAUUACUAUGCAACAUGGGAACUUCUUUAAGGUGCAGCGGAAAAGGAGAUUGAGGAAGGGGGGAUCUAACUCAACAUUUUCCCUAUUGAGAAAAGGUCUGCGAGAAGGGAGUUUACAAUCCCUUCUUGGUGGAUCUUCAUGCUUUGUGUCUUCAUCCAACUCAGAACCUGAUCCCUUGCUUUCAUCAUUCAUAUUUAAUCCACCUGCUCUUGAUGAACCUUUGAGUAUACAGCCUCUUUCUUCAGUUGAAGCAGGCUCAGUAAAGGAGAGCACAAACGAGGAGUUUAGAGAAAGAAAUGUCCAACAGUUGCUGCUGUCAGACAAGGACCAAGAGGAGAAGUCUCAGAGGUGUAAGUUUGUCCAGGGUCUCCUGUUGUCCACCAUUCUUGAUGAUGAGCUAUAAGAGUAGGGUUGGGUAAAUCUAAUGGGUUUGUUAAUAUAAUAGUAGGAAUGGGAGCAAUCCAAGAGGGAAAAUGUUCGAUUUAUAAGUGAUAAUUAGCUAGGUCAGAUGAACUUGUAUUAUCACUGUAUUUAUAGCUUAUUAUUCGCAUAAUGGAAAGAUGGAAGAAUACAUCUCUACUCGAGUA